AUGCUACACGGAUUUGAUCUGCUGCGGCAGCAAUACAAAAAGUAUUCGGCACAAAGUGGCAGGGCACAAACUCCCAGCUCAACGAUCACUGUCCUGAGCGAGCGGCUUAGUGAUCCAGCAACACAACAUGAAGACCGCCGUGCUGCUAUCUUGUCGCUAAAGUCUCUCGUACGCGACCAUGCAGAUAAGGUCAGCGAGCAUGCGCUCGUUCCCCUGUUGCGCUGGAUCAAGUCUCGUGAGCGCGACGAAGAGAUGCUCCGCGCUGCCGUGGAGUGUUGCUUGGCUCUGUGCCAAGCCCAUCCCGACGAUCCACGUACAACUGCGCGUGCUAGCAAGAAUAUGUCGCGUUUAUUGGAGGAAAAAGACGCUCUGCUUACGCUGCUUACGCUUCUGUCUCCUGAGCAUGGGUUUUAUACGCGAUUCGGUGCAUUGCAGCUUCUCGUGGUCCUUGUUGAGAAUCGACGACUUGAAGUUCAGGAGUAUGUUUUAACUGCGCCCGGCGGCUGCAGUUCCGUGCUCCAGUGUUUGGAAGCGGCACCGAGUUCCAGCACCGAGAUCAUUCGGAAUGAGGCGCUCUUGCUCUUACCCCAGCUGCUUCGAGAUAAUCCAGACAUUCAAAAGAUCACUGCAUUCGAAGGCGCUUUUGAACGCUUGCUCGAUAUCAUGGCGCAGGAAGGACGUAUAGAGGGUGGCGUUGUUGUUCACGAUGCACUUGAAGGUCUCGAAACUCUCUUACUGCAGAAUGUGUCGAACCAGAACUAUUUCCGAGAAACUCUCAGUAUUCCGUUGCUUGCGCCGCUCUUAUUUUAUCCACCUCCCUUACCAGCACACGCGCCCGAUCAUGCACAGCAAGAACACCUCACACAUAAGCAGGCCUUUCUUUUGCAAGAAUGGGACGAACAGAAACUUGCGAAUGCCCAACUCCUGCUUCGCUGUGUUCGUCAUUUGAUUGAUGGCCAAGGUGAGGGACAUAGGUCAAAUCAGCUCGUCAUGUGUAAGACGGGCCUGGCUGAAGCACUUGUGCAGCUGGCCAUGGCGAGUCUUGCGCCCCUCCCGCUCAAAGCCGAUGCACUGCAUGUCUUAGCCUCUCUCUUGCGAGGCUCGCGCGCUGCACAGGACUUGAUCAGUGCUAUGGUCAUUACUCCUGUCGUGUUAAAAGAGCAUUCUGUCCCAGUAGCAGAAGGUUUGCAACCGCCGAUGGAGCUUGCGUGGCAAUCACCACAUCCAGCGAUGUUGCGACUCGUCGAAAUGGCUCUUCGUGUGCCUAUACAACCGACCGACUCGCCGCGCAUGGCUCUUCGUGUACGCUGUGCGGCACUGCAGGCAGUGGAGGCGCUCGUCGAACAGAAUAUGGAUGUGCGCAUGACGAUGUGGCACGCUUUUGUGGCUGCACCAACACCUGAUCAAAGUGAACCAGAUGGGACCAGUCUCCUGCUCAGCAGCAUUGCGCACUUACCGAACACAACAUUAGCAUCGACUAGCAAGGCGCCCCGCUUCGACCCAUACCAGUAUCUAUUCGCUAUGAUGAUUCUCAGCUACAUCCUGCACGGAAGUGAGACAUCCAAGGAGUUUGCGCGCCGGGUGUGUUUGAAUGCCGAGGGCAGGUGUGUGGCUGAUGCGUCGGUGCCCUCAUCGGACGACGACGAACCAGCGACACUCGUGCAUGUGGUAGUGGGAAACUUGGCCAUGGCACUCCGCGAGCAGAGCGAAGCCGUACGUCGAGAGCGUGCUGCACAGGAUCUGAAUGGCAAUCCGUCCCGAGACUGGACCAAGCUGAUCGUUGGUUAUCUUUCUUUGCUGAGCAUGUGGCUUUGGCAGAGCUCUGCGAGUAUUUCUGACCUGCUAUCAGAGAGUGCGAAUUUGCAGGUACUAAUUCAACCGGCAGCACAGACGACUGGGGUUGACCCACUUAUCCAGGGGCUCUCCGCGUUUGUGCUUGGAACUGCUUACGAGUUCAAUACGCUACAAAGCUCCACAUCCGACGGCUCGACGGCGCCGACAGCCGAUGAGCAAGAAGGCCUGCUCACACGGCAAGCAAUGCAUCCAAUCCUACACUCACGCAUCGGUGCUGAUCAAUUCAGCACUCGCAUUCAAGCGGUGAAGAAUGACAAGCGCUUCUCGUCGUGUUCACCCGAGACGUUGGAACUUGUUGGGCGCCCAUUAGGCGAAAAGUCCGCAUCGCCAGGUCCGGCUGACACUAUGGAGGAAGACAUCUGGUUCACGUGGCCUUUUGUGGAGUUCUGGAAAGACAAUUACGUUCGCAUCCAGAAGUCCAUUCUCAAUGAGCCCCAGGCCACAACGGCCGCAGACACAGAGGCCUCUGCUGAGCUGCUAGAUGCGAGGCAGCGACUCAUGACUAUGGAAGCGCAACUUGCGCGUGCGCAAGCAGAAGCAGGUAUUGUCGACAAGCUGCGUGCUGAUCUGGCGCAAGCGAAUGAAACGGCUGAGCUAGCCAAAAAGGAGCACGCUGCAGCGCAGAGGGAACUCCAUGCAGCACAUCAUGCACAUGAAGCACGCGAAAAUGAAUGGAACGCUGAGCGGGAAGCACAACAGGCCGAAUGUGCGCACUGGCGUGAGGCUUGUGAAGCGACCAAAGCCCAACUUGUUUCAGCUUGUUCCGAUCUCGAUGCAUUGCGUGAGCAGCUUGCUAAAGGCAGGAAAGAAGCUCCAUCGGAAGAUGCAGUGUCUCUUCGAGCGCUUGAAGCGUCACGUCAAGAAACAGCCGCUGCCCAAGCACAUGCAACCCACCUCGAGCAGACUGUGAAGGAACAAGAACAACGUCUCCAAAACUUGAACGGACGUAUCGCUGAGCUCGAGCAGGCUGUAUCAUCCGUCUCUUACGAUGAAUUGAAGAAGGACUAUGCUCGGAUUGAGUCUGAAAACGAAGAUCUACUCGUCCUUUUGGAUGAAAUCACGCAGAAACGCGUGCGUGAUAAGAAUGAAAUGCGCGCCGCCGGCUGGACCGUAAGUGACAGUGAAGAUGAUAACUUGGAUGAGUGA